AUGUGUCGGCCGAUAGAGUCCCGCAACCCACUGUGUGUCCCUGGCCCAGCUGCCGUCGCAAUGCUCGCUAACUACCAGCUCACCGCGAUCAAUAACAUGGUCUUGGUAAACCAGAACGUCCAACUCGUCGAGCGUGCGGCCAAACCGGUUUGGCCUGCAGCUGGAGAAAUGGGAAUCGGUGCAGACGACAUGACCAUGUUGAAUACGACUGCUCCAGCUUUUCCCGUUGUGUCGUUUCCAAAGCACGAGUCCCUUCCAAUGAUGCCGUGGGGUGCCACUGCCCCUACAGAAGUCGGUUUGUGUAACAUGGGCAUUCCUACCAACCAAUUUGCGCCCAACUCAGUCCCCUCAGAGGUAAUGGUGUCGUCCAAGAUGACACAGCCCAGCUUUGAAGCUCAGGAGAUGAAGGAGAUGCUGGAUUUCUCCAUACCAAGUGGCCUGCACGACGUUGGGAAAGACAAACUUGACGUCGUGAACGUAGACGAUGGAGGCUUUACCGGGACAGAAAUGUCGAUUCUGUACAGCUGCUUGGUGGACGGGCCUGAAGACGAGUCUCAGCAAGAUGUUGAAGUGGAUAGCAGCGGCAAGCUGGACCUCACCGUGCCGAUGAGAUCCGCCAUUCAAGGGCUCAUAAAGUCGUCUCGUGAGACUGAAUUUACCAGUGCGGAGGUUAUGAAAACCCCGGUUGGCUUGGAGCACCAUGUGCCCGGCUUGAAGGAUACAAAGAGCCCGGGGGAGGUCAAGAGUCGUCGUCUGUGCAAGAGCGAGGGAUGCUACAAGCGCUCGCGUUCCAAUAGCCUGUGCAUUUCACACGGUGGUGGUCGUCGCUGUGCCGUAGAAGGAUGCGACAAAUGCUCACAAGGUGGCAACCUGUGCAUCCGCCAUGGCGGUGGCAAGCGUUGUAGUCACGAAAAUUGCGACAAAGCUGCUCAGUCGAACUUCUUGUGCAAAGCCCAUGGUGGUGGCCCGCGGUGCCGGUUUACGGGCUGCACGCGCAGCUCACAAGGUGGCGGCUUCUGUCGCUCACAUGGCGGUGGCAAGCGCUGCGUGCUUCAAGGCUGUAAAAAGGGUACACAACGUGGUGACUAUUGUUCGCUCCAUGGUGGAUCCCGUAUGUGCGAGGUGCCCGGCUGCUUGCGUAACGACCGCGGUGGAGGUUUAUGCGCCACUCAUGGUGGGGGUAAACGGUGUACGGUCGGGAGUUGCAACAAGCCGUGCCGACGCAAAGGCAUGUGCUCUGCACACUUACGCCAGUCAGAGGGUGGGAAGGAGUAA